AUGAAGCAGCACGGCUCUACGGACAUCUGCGCAACAGAACUGAACGUGGACGCAGCGGAUCGCCUCCUCGCUCUUCCCUGCGCUCCCACCGACGCCGCUGGAGCACGCAUGCCGGGCCUGGACGUGAUCGAGGCCAUGGUCGACCACACCCUCCGCACUCGCUUCCGUGGAGUGCUGGAAACGUACAUGACCGAUGCCCUGCGGCGCAUGGAGGAGUCCUUCGAGCGGCGACUUGCGGAGAUGGAGAGCACCAUCUCUCGCCUGAGCGUGCAGCAGGCGUGUCUCGUGCACUCCCUGCCGCUCGCCCUUCAACCCCAACCUCAACACGCAGCACUGCCUCCGCCUCGUUCGCUCAAGCUUCGAGCCCACCAAGAGCAGCAGCCGAUCGACCGCACCACCAGCGAAGCACAUGAUGACAGCGACGACGACGAUGAGGCUGCAGCUCCUCGUCCUGCAGAGAGCGAGCCGGCACAGGAGGAGGAAACCGCGUUCUCAACGGCCUUUGAAGAGAAGGACUGUGCGCAAGGCUCGCCGCCGACGGCUAUCCCGGUGACGGUGUCCGACAAGCUGGUUCUGAACGUGGGCGGUCGCGUGUUUCACACACUUCGGAGCACGCUGGCCAUGUACCCGGAUACGAUGCUGGGCGCCAUGUUCAGCUCACGCAACGAGGGCAUGGUCCCGCGCACUCACGAAUACUUCUUCGACCGCAACGGGGACCUGUUCGCUUCCAUCCUCGACUUCUAUCGCACCGGCAUACAAUGCAGAGAACUGGUGAGACCGGUGGGUGUGGCUGAGGAGGCGUGGCUGACCGAACUGGACUACUGGAACAUUCCCCUGCCCGAGGAGCCCGAACCGAUCGAGUCUGUGGAUGCGGCUGAGGCCGCCGCACGCGAGGCCGCCCGCAAGGUUGCUGCCACACAGGCCGAAACGAACCUCACCAAUCGAUUGGCCAUGGUGGCCAGGAACCGCCCACUCUUCCUCGAACGAACGUUCAACCGUCUUGUGACCGAACUCUCCAGCGUGCUACUUGAGUGGGGCAUGGCCUGUUUUGAGGUCAGAGGGCGCACAACGAUCGCGCGCAAGAACGUGAUGUUCAUCACGAACAACUGCGCCAAGUCCGUCUUGCCCGCCCGCCUCGCAUUCCCGGGCUCCGAAAAGGGCUUGACGAUGCAAGAGAUGGAGCAACGAGGCGUCAAGGUGUUCCGCAACAAUGACAUGAUGGGCAACUUGAUCAAGAUGCAGACUGCCGAGCGAGCCUACGUGUUAGGACUGCUGGCUGAGAGACUGUGGCGCGAACGCGGGAUCGAUGUCACCUUCGACGACUUCCGCGUCAGCGUCUCCCGUGGACUCAGCGCCGCGGUGAACGUCUCCGGUUCAGUCGAGUGGCCCACAACAGCACCCUGA